UCCAACGGCCGUAACGGUCCGCGGCGGCCGCCGCCCCGCCCCGGGGGGGGCCGGGACCUCGGGGGGGCCCGCCGGGACCUCGGGCGGCCCUCAGCCGCUCCCCGGGGCCCUCCGGUCCCUCGCGGGGCCCUCAGGUACCUCAGGGGUCCCUCAGCCGCCCCCCGGGCCCUCAGGUUCCCGCCCUGACCCUGCGGUCCCUCAGGGGGCCCUCAGGUACCUCAGGGGUCCCCCCGGCGCUUCAGGGGGCCCGCAGGCGCCCCCCGGCCCCUCAGGUUCCCGCCCUCACCCUCCGGCCCCUCAGGGGUCCCCCCCGGUCCCUCGGAAACCCCCCGGGUCCCUCAUGGGACCCUUAACUGCCCCUCAGGUACCUCCUGGGACCCUCAGCCGCCCCUCAGGUACCUCCACAGCGUCCCUCAGGGGUCUCUCAGCCGCCACUCGGGUCCCUCAGGUGCCUCUCGGGACCCUCAGGGGACCCCCAUCGCCCCCCCGGUACCUCACGGGUCCCUCGGGUCCUCCCCGGGUCCCUCAGUGCCUCAUGGGGUCCCUCAGCUGCCCCUCAGGUCCUUCAGGGGACCCCAGCCGCCCCCCCAGGUCCCUUGUGGGACCCUCAGCCAGCCCUCAGGUGCCUCCACAGGGACCCUCGGGUCCCUCAGCCACCCCUUGGGGCCCUCAGGGGUCCCCCUGGUCCCUCAGGGGACCCCAACUGCCCUUCAGGUACCUCACGGGGACCCUCAGGGGUCCCUCACGGGCCCCCCAGCCACCCCAUGGGCGCCCCAGGGGACCCAAACUGCCCCCCCAGCUCCCUCAUGGGGACCCUCAGCCACCCCUCGGGUCCUUCAACUGCCCCUGAGGUUGUCCCCCGGCUCCCUCAGGGGACCCCAACUGCCCCCAGGUCCUUCAGGGGACCCUCAGCCACCCCUCGGGUCUCCCGUGGGACCCCCAGACAUGCCCCCGGUGGCCCAAACACCCCUUGGGUGGCUUCUGAGGCCCCCCUGGAGGGUCUCCCUCCCCCCAGCUCCAAGGUGGCCACCCUGGCUGCCCCACGUCCUCCAACUGCCAGCCAGCCCGACCCACAGCUUGGGUACAAGAAGCUGCGCUCCCACCUCAACUACAUCCUGGUCAACCUGGCCGUCGCCAACCUGCUGGUCAUCUGCGUGGGCUCCACCACCGCCUUCUACAGCUUCUCCCAGAUGUACUUCGCCCUGGGACCCACCGCCUGCAAGAUCGAGGGCUUCGCCGCCACCCUGGGAGGCAUGGUCAGCCUCUGGUCGCUGGCGGUGGUGGCCUUCGAGCGGUUCCUGGUGAUCUGCAAGCCCUUGGGCAACUUCACCUUCCGGGGCAGCCACGCCGUGCUGGGCUGCGCCGUCACCUGGAUCUUCGGCCUCGUGGCCUCCGUGCCCCCCCUCUUCGGCUGGAGCAGGUACAUCCCCGAGGGGCUGCAGUGCUCCUGCGGGCCGGACUGGUACACCUCCAACAACAAGUGGAACAACGAGUCCUACGUCAUCUUCCUCUUCUGCUUCUGCUUCGGCGUCCCCCUGGCCAUCAUCGUCUUCUCCUACGGCCGCCUGCUCCUCACCCUGCGCGCGGUGGCCAAGCAGCAGGAGCAGUCGGCCACCACGCAGAAGGCGGAGCGGGAGGUGACCAAGAUGGUGGUGGUGAUGGUGCUGGGCUUCCUGGUGUGCUGGGCGCCCUACUCCGCCUUCGCGCUGUGGGUGGUGACGCACCGCGGGCACCCCUUCGACGUGGGGCUGGCCUCCGUGCCCUCCGUCUUCUCCAAGGCCUCCACCGUCUACAACCCCGUCAUCUACGUCUUCAUGAACAAGCAGUUCCGCUCGUGCCUGCUGAAGCUGCUGUUCUGCGGGCGCAGCCCCUUCGGGGAGGACGAGGACGCGUCGGGCUCCUCCCAGGCCACCCAGGUCUCCUCCGUCUCCUCCAGCCAGGUCUCGCCCGCCUAGCGCCGACCCCCCCCCGCCACCGCCCCCGGCCCCGCCGCCCGCCUGUACAUACACCCCCCCCCCUCCC